AUGGACCUGCGUGCCAGCAAACGACGAAAAACUGAUGCCUACCCCACGAAACAGCAACGGUGCCACCUAGACUUCGAGAUCUACGAGGAAGACCCCGAGGGCAGCGCUGUCACACACAAUGAGUCCCCCCUACAGCGAGGCUUCGUGUCCCCCCAUCCUCCAGCGGGUAUUUCCUCGCGCCGCGCAACUCCAACGAGACGUGGCCCGGUAGAUGCCGACCCAAAUACGGAGGCAUGGCCCAUCCACGACCCAAACUCGCACGCCUCGCCCCCGCAGCUUCUAUGUAACGACGCCUACUCGCCAAUCCAGUUCAGCGACUGGAGGACGUCUUGA